AGAAUCUUCUCCUCCUUACACAAACCCAAUUCAUUCAUGUGGAACACUCUCAUCCGCGCGCAUCAACAACAACAGCCCCACAUUUCUCUUUCCCUUUACAUUCAAAUGCGUAGACACGGUGUUAUCCCUGGUUCAUGCACAUGUGGUGAAAUUCGGGUUGUGUUUUGAUUGUCAUGUGGGGAAUGGUUUGGUUCGUGGGUAUUCUGUUUCUGGUGAUUUGGUUGAUGCACGUUACGUGUUUGAUGAAAUUCCGAUGAAAAAUUUGAGUCUUUGGACCACGAUGAUUUGUGGGUAUGCUCAGAAUUGUUGUUAUAAUGAGGCUUUGGAUCUUUUUGAGAGGAUGGUUGUUGUUGGGUUUGAGCCUAAUGGUGCUACUUUGGCUUCGGUGUUGUCGGUUUGUGCUCGGUCGGGUUGUCUUGAGCUUGGGGAAAGGAUUCAUGAGUUUAUGAGAGUGAAAGGGGUUGAAGUGGGAGUUAUUCUUGGGACCGCGUUGGUUUAUAUGUAUGCGAAGAAUGGGGAUAUUUUGACGGCGAGGAAGUUGUUUGAUGAAAUGCCUGAGCGGAAUGUUGUUACUUGGAAUGCUAUGAUUUGUGGUUUGGCUUCUCAUGGACAUGUUGAAGAUGCUCUUGGUUUGUUUGAGUGUAUGAAGGAGGAGGAGAUUGUUGUUCCUAAUGCUGUCACAUUUGUUGGGGUUUUAUCUGCUUGUUGUCAUGCAGGUUUGAUUGAUGUCGGCCGCGAGGUUUUUUGUUCGAUGAAGGUUGUGCAUGGAAUUGAGCCGACGAUUGAGCAUUAUGGGUGCAUGGUUGAUCUUCUUGGGAGAGGGGGUAAGUUGCUAGAGGCAGAGGAAGUGAUAAAAGGGAUGCCAUGGAAACCUGACGUGGUUAUUUUGGGAGCUUUAUUGGCAGCUAGCAAGAAUAAUGGAAACACCGAGGUUGCUGAAAGGGUUGUGAAACAAAUUCUUACUCUGGAUCCUCAUAAUCAUGGUGUUCAUGUUUCUUUGUCGAAUAUGUACGCAGAGGCUGGACAAUGGCAGGAGGUUUCGAGAUUGAGGAAGAUGAUGAAAGAAGAGAAACUCAAGAAAGCUCCGGGGUGGAGCCUUGUUACCACUUAAUUGCAUUUCUAACAUGGCUUGUAUGCGGAAGAUUUGAUUUUUUCAUUAUUACCUAAAAAGGCAAGGAAGUGAGUUAUGAUCUAAGCUUACUUGAUUCAAGCAUAAACGAAUGUACACAUAUUGUUCAACCGUUCUUGUUCUGAAAAUAUUUAUGGUGCUUACUGACGAAAUGGUUCUACACUAUUGCUUUCAUCCUAACCAUUUGACAAGUGACAGAGAAUGAGUGAUUCCAUCAACUUCUAUUGAGAAAUGCACAAAGUCGAAUAAACACUCCAAAUUUUCCAGCUUUCAUGAUAAG